UCCGUAUUCAUGUCACAUCACGUCUGCAGUAACUAAAAAAAUUAUUUUUCUCUUUUAUUUAUUAAAAAUGGUUAAGUUGGUUAAAUGGUUAAGAACUUCAGUUCGCAAGGUUGGAAUUUUUUUGCUUUGAAGUAAAAAUAUUUUUGAAAUAAAAAAAAGUUUUGAUGUUCUUAUCGUUUCAAUUUAAGAAACGUUCUCGUUCACCAACGUCUGAACCUGUCAAACAACUUUACGAUUUGCCCCAGCAAAUAGCCAAAUUGAAUGAAUAUAUGGAUGAAAUGGAAAGUCUUACUGAACAAAUACUUCAAACGAAAGAAGAAAUUGAACAGAAAAAUCAACAAUUAGAAAAAGAUAAAGAACAAUUUACAGAAAUUCAUUAUGAUUUUAUUACACUUAAAUAUGACCCACCUUUUUAUUUAAUUAAUACGCGCGAAAACAACUCUGACCAAAUUGAACAACUUAGACAAAGAAUUUAUCAAACAAAUAAAAAUUAUAACAUUUGUCUAGAUGAAAAUUCUAGUAAAUCAAAUUUACAACAUUUUGGAAGGAAAUGGAAAAGGUUUUUUCCUUGGAAAUGA